AUGGUGGUUCUGCGGGUUUCGGCAUCAAAGGUGGCGCUCGUGACGGGACUCCAUGACUUUGGUGACGUGGUGGAGGAGCUGCUGGAGUGUGUGUACCAAGACCGAGAAGAGCUGCUAGCACGCGACGCCGCGCAGUUACAGCUGCGUCUCGUGUCCAAGGACGAGGAGCUCGAGCUGCUCAUGCAGAAGAGCGGGGCAGCAGCAGCUCUGCAGCUUCGAGCGGCGCUUCGUUGGGCUCAGGAUCGAUCGACUCCCGCCCGAGUAGGAGCGGCUCAGAGACUGCUGGCGGGUGUGGACAAGCGACUUGCCGAAGCUCACAAGGGCAAGAAACUCGCGAGUGAGGAGGCGCAAGAAGUGCGCAAGCUGCUGGCUGAGAAGAUCCACACGAGCGUUGGCACUCGCAAUGAGACGCUAGCUUUACAGGCGUACGAACGACAGACUGGGUCCAAGGUGCGGCUUACGAAUGAACAUUUCUAUCUUCUCACGUUCCCGUCUCCUCCAGCAGGAACGAAGGGCGCAGAAGAGGAAGCUCCUGUUGAUUACUCGUUGCUGGCAGCGCAACGCCGGCGCACUGUGAUUCACAAACGACAAAAGGCGAAACGGCCAUCCGAGUGUACGACUGCGGAUUUGACAAAGAAGGAAGAGCGGUCUCCCGAUGGCUAUUUCUCCAUCUGCGGCAUGGUGGACGGUGUAACAGACGCAUUGACUAUCUCAGCGGACGACGAGUGGGAGCUCACUCCAGUCGUGGUGGAGGUCAAGAACCGCAUGCGGGCUUUCCGAAACCCGCUUCCACUCUACGACCACAUUCAACUGGCAGUCUACAUGAAGAUGCUUGAGGUUGAACAUGGGGAGUUGAUACAAUGUAUUCACAGCGCCGCCUCGCAUCCAACGAUUCAGGUAUCGCGUGUGUCGUUGGGUGUUGCACCGCUGUGUCUGCCUGCGUCUGCGAAGGGGGAUCUAUGGACCGAAGUCAUCAUUCCGCGGUUGUAUGCCUUCACAGCGACUGUACACAAGUUGCGGAGUGAAGAACUGCUGCGACUUGCUUUCCUCAAUGGAAACAGAGAAGAACGGCUUGCCAUCGUGCGUGCGACGUGUGACUUUCUGUGA